AUGUCUAAACAACUCCUUGUCGUCUUCGGAGCGACCGGCAACCAAGGUCACUCCGUCAUCCAAUUUUUGCUCAACCACCCCGAGCUCUCCUCUCAAUACUCUGUGAGAGCUGUCACUCGAAAUGCCAAUACGCCUACUGCUCAGACCCUUUCCUCCCAAGGCAUUGAAGUAGUCACUGCCGAUCUGAACGAUCCGUCUUCCCUCCCGGCAGCCCUGAGAGGAGCAUCCUUCGUCUUUGCCACCACAAACUCGGCAUACGAAGGCAACACACGAGAGGUCGAAACUCGGCAGGCGAAAGCACUCUGCGAAGAAUCUAUCAAGCAAGGUAUCAAAUAUAUCAUCUGGAGUACUCUUCCCCACCCCGAAAAGAUUUCAGGCGGCAAGGCAAAAGUGGAGCACUUCGACGUCAAGGCCGAGAUCGAGGAGUAUAUCCGCGGGCUACCCAUAGAUUCUGCAUUUGUCGCCCCUGGAAGCUUCAUGCAGAACAUGUACAGCGUACUUGCACCACGGAAAUCUGCAGCCAACGACGGCUCAUAUAUCUUUACAAACAUGGUCCAUCCCACCAAGACACUGUUUCCGCUGUUUGACGCCACUGAUGUGGGUGCGUGGACAAACGCAGUCCUGGCUGAGCCAGCGAAGUACGAAGGGAAGUUUUUUGCAGCGGCUCAGGGAUUCUACUCGAUGGAGGAUAUGGCGAGAAUCAUGUCAAAAGUCUCAGGGAAGACUGUGGAGUAUGAAAGAAUCUCGGAGGAGCAAUGGCAGGGUUCGUUCCCAGAACCACUGGGGCAUAUGAUGUUGGAGACGGGCAUUUAUCAGAGGGAUUAUGGAUACUACGGCCCUAAUAUGAAAGAGGACGUGGAGUGGGCGCAGAAACAAGUACAAGGACAGCUGACAGACUUUGAGAGUUUCUUGAGGAAGACUGAGUUCAAGCUGGAAUAA